AUGACGGCGAGGAUUUUCAGCUGGGAAGUCGAUUCCUAUGGGUUUGUUCCUGUUCCAGAUGGAGACGAUGGUCUGAGUCUCAUAGGGAAGAUGAGGUCUCUCCCAGACGAUUGGCAGGCUGAUAUAUGGCGAAGAGCGAUCAGUCAGCCAUCAUUCGACAUCAAGUCUCGAAAGUUCACGUCGGAGGUCACAGAAGCCUGGGAAUGUCUAGCAGAGGAUUUCGAUCCGAAACAUGAGGGUCCUUUCUGA